UUUUGUGGAUGAAUUAACGUUUGAGUGGAAUUUUUUAUGCAUUUUUCGCUCCUGUUAGGUCUAAUAAAUGUACAAAAUAUUCCAGCUAUAGUGCUCGAAAUUUCCAUCUACAAAUCUGUUCCACCAUUAGUUAUAUCAAGUGAGAUAUUUAAAAUACUGAUAAAUAUAUAAAUCAGACUUCUCUUUCAUGAAAUCAGCGCUGUAUGUUGAAACUCUUGCUUAACCCUUUAAAUGGCAAUGUGCCCAGAUGCACCCUACUUUAUUAAUUAUUUUACUCUGUCUAACGCCAGACGAUUGUACUUGUCAUGGGGUGAGUUUGCCAUUGAGUGCCACUCAAUGGGUUAAUGAAAAUAUGGCAGUUGUUAACAUGUUGAAUUGUAAACAGGUAUUGGGAGUCAAUAAGAAAAUGGAAUGAAGCUAUUCAACUCACACCAGACGAUGAUGCACUUCAUGAAAUGAAAGCACAGGUGAAUUAUUUGCAUUCAACUUGUCCAUUUUGACCUCUAAACUAAGAGUAAACGCUUUUUUCGACUCCUCGUAAAAACGAAUUGCAACUAUUGCGACUACUCUCAUCCAAUCACAAUACUCAACAGUUUAUUUAAAUAAUUAGAUGCAAGAACUCUCAGCUAGCUUGCGAGAGUGGAAAAGAGACAUUGCAUCUACUGCAUGUACAGCAUUAGUCACAUUUGUAAACAAUUAUCUCAAAAUAUGUCAUUUAAAAGUUAAAACUGCCUAAUUCUUCCAAAGCACCCAAUGUCAAAUUUGAUAAAAAAAAAAUAACAUUCCUGCAAUGUCAGCUUAAAUGUGUAAACGAUUUUCGUGUUUCUUUGUGCAUUUAAACAAACAAAGAAUAGUGGCGGGGUAUGAGAUAUAAUCGCCCCAUAACCAUUGUGAUUAUUUGUACCAGAAUUUCACAAAUAAAUACAUGUUAAUCUUCUGGAGAGGUCUAAACUUCAGGUUACAGGCUGGUGCAGGUUGAUGAGAUAAGCAGAUGACGUUUGACUAUAUAUCUAUAUGUUGUUUUAGACGAUAAAAUCAUAAAGACCUGACUCAUGUCCAACCAUGAGGUCUAUGUCAUAGAGAUUAUAAAUAGGCUAACACUAGAGAAAGAAAAGGAACGCAGUUAUUGGGGGGCAAAAAAUUUAAUCUUGUUUAAUUAAUGGCAGUUAAGUAGUCCCGUUUUGAUUUUUACGAAGCAUUUUUACCUCAAUUUUUGUCUAUAACACAUUUUGAGAGCGCUUCAAACUAAUGCUGAUGUCAGCAAUUUUCAUCUUUUCAAGAGGAAUUAAUCGUUUGAAUCCAAAAUUUUGGGGGAUUGUUUGUAGUAAUGACAUGCAAAAUAUACAGUAUAAAACACCCAGUUUUGUGACUGUUGUUUUAAAUGUUUCUGAUUUCAAGUGUAACCCAGGAAUUGUGUGGUGUUCAUCCGGGAUUCCAAUCCCCCCCAUUACCGCGCGCUCCCAAAUUUCACCCUCGAUGCCUCCUCUAGUGUUAUUUAUAAUCCCUAUGGUCUAUAUCCUAACUCAACCAACAACCUACACCAACCUGCAAAUGCAACCUAUUUUUACUUCAUCCGCAGGUUUUACUGGAAUUAGACGAAAUCUUUCCAGCAAUUCAAUCAGCAGAGAUGGCUGUCACCCUCAAUCCCAGAUCUCCUAAUUCACUUCAAACACUUGGUCGUGGACAAAUCGCAAUUGGUGAAAUUGAAAUGGUAAGUAUUAUCAAUACCAAGUGGGAAUCCUAAAUUGAUACUUCCAAAAUAAAUGUUCAUUCUUUCUUUGUACAUAUGAAGUCAAGGAUGACAAACCUUGGGAAAACUUGUCACCUAAUUAAAUGAAUUUAUUUGGACUAAAUACUUCAUUUAUCUAUUGCUGGAGGAUGUGAAAAAGCCUUCCCAUAUUGGUCCAGUACGUCUUACUGUUUGAGAAAUCUGGACUUCCCGGAGAACUAGUGCUGAGGUCAAACUGAAAACGCCUUUCUCAAAUGUAACAGAGGCAAAAUGUAAAGUGUAAUCUGCAAAUCGCAAUCGUGCAUGAACUGAAACCAUUUCACUGAGGUGGUGAUAUUCUGUUUUCACUAAUCACUGUAACACAACCAGCAGUGACGGUGAAGAAAUUUUGAUGGAGUGGUGGGAGAACGUCGACCCACGUUCACGUAAAAUGCAGGAUUGGUAGGGAAAAAUAUCAGGAGCUGGACAUAUUUGGGGCUUCUCACUCGAUAGAAUUAUAGCCAAUUGUUGAAGGAUUUUGUGGAUGGAAAUUUCAAGUGUAAAUUUUAUACAUUUAUUUAGAGCUACUGUACCGGGAGCAUUUGCAACAACUGCAACUAUCGGGCCGUAUCGGCUCUCUGGCAGGAAUCGGACCAGUCCUGUGGUAGUGUUUCUAACCAACUGAGCUGCAGAGGCCAGUUGUCGAGAUCUAACCGCAAGUUCGUGUAUAUAUUCUAAGUUGAUGCCAAUGUGAGGUGUAUGGUUAAAUAUCAGGAUUUGGGGCGUCUCACUCGAUAAAUCUGUAGCAAUUGUUGAAGCUCUUGGUUAGGUCUAAUAAGUGUACAGUAUAGAACAUUUACACUCGAAAUUCGCAUCUACAAAAUCCUUCAACGAUUGGUAGGGAAAGGCUAUCAGCCUAAUUUAAAUGUGUAAAUUGCAGUUUUCUCUCAAAUUGAAAACAUUUUAUCAGAAAGCCAGUGUUUCAGCUUACUGCAAACCGGCCAGAUUUUCAUGGUAGGCGAUGCUAUACUUUAAAUUGCCCAAACGUAAAUAAAAUAAAUCAAUAUUAAAUUAAAAUACUAUAAAUUUACUUUAUCAAUAAUGCUCUGAUUCAUCCUACAAAGUAGUAUGUGCGAUUGUUUAUGACCAAGUUCGCCUUUGCCACCUUUUUUUUUAUUUAGGCAAUAAUCAGUUUCUCAAAAGCUUUGCACAUCACGCCGGAUUCAGAAGAGGUAUAAACUUAAUUGUACUAAUCUUAAUUUUACGAAAACAAAGUAGGAAAGACACUCCGAAUACAACUUAAUAUGGGAUAAAACUUUAUUUGACUAUGCUGGCCACUUCAACCGGAGCUGCUUUCCAAGUGGGGCGUAGAUAAAUUAUGUUACAAAAAUAUAUAAAAUACAAAAUCACUAAUAAUAUUAAGAACUACGAAUACAAAAUACAUAUUACAAAACAAAUGGUACAGUAGUGAAAUAGCUAACUCGUCAAACUAACAGAGGAAAUAUUUCUAUUGAAAGAAUUUAAAGAUUCGCUGUUUCUUACUUGUUCAGGAAUGCUAUUCCAGAUUUUAACCCCACUAUAUCGAAAACAUUUUCUGCCAUACUCGGUAUUUGGUCGUGGCAGAAAGAGAGACGAAUUUGAACCUCGUAAAUUAUAACUGUAGAUAUGGUUAGAAUUCUGGAACAUUGAUGAGAACCUCGAUGUUGCCAAAUUAUUGACAACCUUAAACAUGAGCCGGGCCAUAAUAUGUUUUCGCCUUUCUUCGAAGCUAAUCCACCCUAAUUGAUCAAGGCCAGGCUCAUCUUUAAAGUUCAUUAAAAUUCUAGCACAUCUGUUCACUGUUGUGAAGUUUUUGUAAUCGUUCAGACUGGCCUCUAUUAAUGGAAUUCCAAACUUCACAACAGUAGUCGAAAUGGGGUUGGACAAGACCAUAACAGACUGACUUCAAAGUAUCAGAAUUAGUGAUACCCUUUAUCUUUUUCAUGGCACUUAUUCCAGAUUAUAUUUUUUUCGAAAUUUGUUCAAUAUGACUGUCCCAAGUUAAAAUGACUCCAAUAGCUUUUGUAACUUGAACCCCUUUAAUUGGUUCAUCCCCAAUAAAAACACGCGGUUGUUCUUCCAACGUGUUAAUAUUGUGGCGUGAUCCAAUUAAAAGAUAUUCAGUUUUGACAAGGUGAAAAGAAAGCCUGUUUCAUAGAAGCCAUUCUCUGAUAUUGUUGAGAUCAGCAUUAACGGCCACUUCAGCUUCCUUAAUUGAUUUACUGGACACUGAUGUUAGUAUCGUCGGCGAACAUACGUGCAGUAGAGUGUUGUAGGCAGUUCGGUAAAUCAUUGAUAUAAAUUAAAAACAGAAGUGAACCCAAAAUUGAACCCUGAGGAACUCCAUAUUUUAGAUAUUUUAACGUGGAAAGUUCCCCAUUUACUUGACAUUGCUGAGAUCGAUCUGAUAAGUAACAUUUGAAAAGCAUAAGAGGCGUAUUCUUAAUACCAUACAACUCUAGUUUAGCCAGUAAAAUGUCGUGGUUUACCGUGUCAAAUCCUUUUUUUAAAUCGAGAAAAACGGCAAGAUUAUAUAAACCACGAUCCAUAUUAACAUACCACUCAUCAGUACAAUCUAGCGAUGCAGUGGACGUGGAAUGAAAGCGCCCAAACUGCAGUUCAUACAAUAAAUUAUUGGUGGUAAAAUAUUCGUAUAACUGCUCAUACAAGAUCUUUUCAAAUAUUUUGCUAAUAACCGGCAAAAUAUUGAAGUAGAGCAGGAGGACACAAUAUUCAACAGUGAUAUUUCGAAUUUAUUUUGCAAAUUCAUCAUCAGAUUAAUUUAGAAAAGUAACCUAGGUCUACAUACACAAGCGUGAUUACGUUAUAAUCACGAGGAAAGUGUGGGUGCGGAAGUGUUAGUGUGAUGAACAGUGUUCGGUGUGAUUAACAAGAAGCUGCUAUAUCAAGUCAAAUAGUGUGAGUUCUUUACUGGCUUUGAGUAUUGGCAGCCGUUACCACCAAAAAUACUACACGUGUGAAAUGAAAGGACAUAAACAGAAAUCAUUCCUUACAAACACGAACGACGCAUCAUGUUUAGAAGUGCUUGAACCUAACGUAAUGAUGUAACUGGACAAGACCAGAAAUGAUUCGUUUAAAAUUGAAACGAUUCACUUGAUUGUGUGUUAAUUCGUCUAUUAUUGCGCUGAUUCAGAGGCGCUGAUUCAUAUAGUUCAAGUGAAAUGGCUUAGCAUAUUUUGCAAUGACGUAGCAGGUCGUAUACAAGUGACACGUUCGGUUGGCAAAUAAUUUGAGUCCAGAGUUCAGUUCUGGUUUCAGGGGGGGGGGGGAGGGUUAUGAAGGCUGCUUCCAUUAUUAAAAGACCGUCUUCAUAUAAUGCUGUAUUUGAGUGAAGACUUUUGUACUUAUUAAAGGGGCAAUGUCACCGAUUUUUUACCUAACAUGCCUUGUAUUCAAAAACUGAACUAGAAAGUUAAAAAUAAACAUUGUAAAUGGAUUAAGAUUAUAUGAGUCAUAUUAAACAACUUUGAACUUCCACGCAACAUGUAACAUGACAUUUUCAUAACAAUUGACUAAAACUUGAAAAAGUGUCCGCCAACAAUUAAUCAAGAUGCCAUUUACAAUCCAUCUCAAUCCUGGCGUAAUCUUGCCCAUCCAGACUUCUGUCCAUGUUUUUUGUGUCUGUUAUUGCUUUAUUUUCUGCUUACACUCAUUCUUUUUCAGUUUUGGGCAACAUUUGCGAGGGUCAGAAUUGCUCAAAAAUUGGUGACAUUGCCCCUUUAAAUACAAGGUCGGCCAUAUGGGGAGAAAAUCAGUACUCGCCAGAAAAUCAGAACUCGCCUGACAUAUAGCAUCGUGUUACUGUUAAUCCUUCCAAUCACACUAAUACUUCAGCACUCACGCUUUCUUCCUGGUUAUGACCUCUUAACAAACUUAUCCCACAACUAUGGUGGCGCAAGGAUAUUCAGAUAUUCAUUUACGUCAGGCUAUACAAAGUGUUUACUACUACAUAUGUAUUAUAAUUUUGGGACCCAUCGUAUAAAAAUCUAGAAAGGGGUAAAAAUGAACAUGCUGCAUACACCUGAACUGUAUGACAGAAACCGUUUCAAUUUGGUUCUGCCAUAGUCCGACAGCUUUUUCCCGACCUACCGACCUUUAUUUUUUAUUUUCAUGUUCCAUAAUUAGACAAAGAAACAGAUAAAAAAAGUGUGGCCUCAGAAAAGUUAAGUUUUACUCCACGCAGUAACCACAUUUGUCUUCUAAUUGUAGAUUCGCAAUGAGGAUUUAUGUUGGGCAGUAGACCUCAGGAAGGAAAAAAAUGAAAGACAAAAGAACAAUGAAAGUGACACAAAAGAGUGAAUAAUUAGGAACUAUUCAACUGAUGCAGACAGCCCAGGGCAGUUAAUAUGGUCGGAUUAAUCUUCUUCCGCGAAACAUUGAUAUCUUGGCAUGGUUUCCAUUGAUUACAUUGGUCAGAGCAUGUUCGAGAUUGAAAAUAUUUAUAUAAGGAAACAUCAAGGCACAUUCUGUAAGAAGAAGUUUUAACAAUUUAUAAUAUUGUAUAUUUGUAAUAUUGGCGGACAGUUUAAUUAAAAAUUGAACUCAUAUAUCAGCACAAUACAAUCUUUGUCUUUGGUUUAGUACAAUAUUUUGUAUGUGAACAGCUCACUAAAUAUACUGAGG